CAGCUAGUUAUUUGUGGGGAGGCGCUGUAGCCAUUUCGCCACAUGAAAGCCCGAUGAGCUGAACGACCAACAUCCGAGUUGUUCAUGGAGAAGAGAAAUCAGCUUUGAGGAGCUCCGCGCGCACACACAGACGUACACGAACUCACGCGCAAAGACGCACGGCGCACAGACACGCACACUUCCUCCUCCUCCGCCGUGGAAAAAAGAGAGAGAGGAACAGAGAGAGAGGGCACACGAAACGCAAACUUCCAACUCUCCCAUGUGGAAAGCAGAGGUUUGAGGAUAAGGUAUAUAUUUUUUUCCUCCUCGGGGUUCCGUUCCUUCCCCCCUCUCUCCCUCUCUUUCUCUCUCUCAGUGUUUUUGCCCGGAGAGUUGUGUUUCUAUGAGAGUCUUGCUUGGUGAGAAGAGAAGUUUGGUUGUUUGCCUGGUCGGCUGAGGAGGAGGAGAAGAGUCGGGUUUAAAAGUGGGGGAAGAUGGUCCGCAACGCCGCUUGGAGAAGAAGCUUGCUGUGCGUCCUCGCGCUCAGUCUCGGCUUUGCGUCCCCGCCGUGCAAAGCUCGGAUUUACACCAACCACUGGGCAGUCAGGAUAGUCGGGGGACCCGAGGUGGCCGAGCGGAUAGCGGAUAAAUAUGGCUAUAGGAACAUGGGACAGAUUGGGGAUCUCAAAGACCACUAUCACUUCUUCCAUAGUCGGACCAUCAAGCGGUCGACUUUGUCCAGCCGUGGACGCCAUAGUUUCAUCUCCAUGGAGCCCAAGGUGGAGUGGAUACAGCAGCAGGUGGUGAAGAGGAGGAUCAAGAGGGAUUAUAAACAAUCCCCACCCCUUUCUCUGUCAAGCUCCGCCCACAGCAGCCCGUUCCAGAACAACAUAUUCUAUAAUGAUGCCAAGUGGAGCAGUAUGUGGUACAUUCACUGUAACGAUGACGUCCAUAACUGCCAGUCAGACAUGAACAUCAUGGGGGCUUGGAAGAGGGGCUACACGGGAAAAGAUGUGGUGGUGACCAUAUUAGAUGAUGGCAUCGAGAGGAACCACCCAGACCUCUUUCAGAACUACGACCCUCAAGCAAGCUUUGAUGUCAACGGCAACGACAUGGAUCCCAUGCCUCGAUAUGAUGCGACCAAUGAGAACAAACAUGGGACACGGUGUGCGGGCGAAGUUGCUGCAGCCGCAAACAACUCCCACUGCAUUGUGGGAAUUGCCUACAAUGCCAGAAUAGGAGGUGUGCGAAUGCUGGAUGGAGAUGUAACAGACAUGGUGGAGGCCAAGUCUCUGAGCCUCCAGCCACAGCACAUCGACAUCUACAGUGCCAGCUGGGGACCUGAUGAUGAUGGAAAGACAGUGGAUGGACCAGCGUCUCUGGCCAGGCAGGCUUUUGAGAAUGGCAUCCGUAUGGGGAGGAAGGGCCGUGGCUCCAUCUUUGUGUGGGCUUCAGGCAAUGGCGGGCGCAGCAGAGACCAUUGCUCCUGUGACGGCUACACCAACUCCAUCUACACCAUCUCUAUCUCCAGCACAGCUGAGAGUGGACGCAAGCCUUGGUAUCUGGAGGAAUGCUCGUCUACUCUGACCACCACCUACAGCAGCGGGGAGAACUACGACCGAAAGAUUAUCACAACAGACCUGAGACAUCGGUGUACAGACAGUCACACGGGGACAUCGGCCUCGGCUCCCAUGGCUGCUGCCAUUAUUGCUCUGGCCCUGGAGGCAAAUCCCCUUCUAACAUGGAGAGAUGUACAGCACAUCAUUGUAAAGACCUCUAGAGCCGGACAUCUCAGCGCCCCUGACUGGAAGACCAAUGCUGCUGGUUACAAUGUCAGCCACUUGUACGGCUUUGGUCUGAUGGAUGCUGAGGCAAUGGUGAAGGAGGCGGAGCGAUGGAGGCAAGUCCCCACUCAGCACGUCUGUGUGGAGAGUGCAGACCGACAGAUCAGAACCAUCCGUCCAGAGCAUGUGGUCCGGUCGGUGUACAAGGCUACAGGAUGCACUGACAACCUCAACCACCAUGUGAUCUACCUGGAACAUGUGGUCGUACGUAUCACAAUCACACACCCUCGCCGUGGAGACCUGUCAAUCAACCUGACCUCACCCUCAGGGACCAAGUCUCAGCUGCUCGCCAAUAGGUUGUUUGAUCACUCCAUGGAGGGUUUUAAGAACUGGGAGUUUAUGACCACCCACUGCUGGGGAGAGAAGGCAGCAGGCGACUGGGUCCUAGAGAUCUAUGACUCACCUUCUCAACUCCGCAGCCAGAAAGUACCUGGCAAGCUGAAGGAGUGGUCACUGGUGCUGUACGGCACCUCUGUGCACCCAUACUCAUUUCUGCGCAACGAUAAGCCUCGCUCCACAGACAUGCUGACUCCCACCGAUGAGGAGUUCACAGAGGAAUACAAUGGCCCCUGUGACUCUGAAUGCAAUGAGAAUGGCUGUGAGGGUCCUGGACCCCAUCACUGCAUUAACUGCCUCCACUACUUCCUCAAGUUCAAGAACAACACCAGGAUGUGUGUGUCGGAGUGCCCCAGUGGCUUUUUCCGUGAUGAUAAGAAGCGCUGUAAGAAGUGCUCCUCGCUGUGUGAGACCUGUGUUGGUAGCCGCAGUGACCAGUGCACCACAUGCAGGGCUGGUUUCCACCUCAACGAGGGCUCCAACACAUGUGUUGCCAACUGUGCAGAUGGCUUCUACCUCGACCAUGAUUCCAACAUUUGCAGAAGAUGUCCCGAGAACUGUAAGAAAUGCAACACCUCCAAUAUCUGCACAGAAUGUAAACCUGGGAUGAGCCUUCAAGGUAACAAGUGUCAAAUGACCUGUGACCCGGGGACUUAUUACAACGGCCACAGAAGGACUUGUGAACCCUGCCAUCGGGCCUGUGCCACCUGCGCAGGCACAGGUAUAGAGGCGUGCACUAAGUGUGCAGAGGGCUAUUUACUUGAGGACUGGCGGUGUGUGUCAACAUGCAGCACUGGCUACUACCUGUCAGAGCAGACCUCAGACAACGGGCAGGUGCAGAGGUCCUGUAAGAAGUGUGACCAUAGCUGCUACGAGUGCUUGGGGCCCGGUGAAAGAAACUGCAGCAGCUGUGUCAGUGGUUACAAUCUGGAGGCAGGAGCCUGCGUGGUCAGCACCAUCUGCAAAGAUGGAGAGUACCUGAGUAAACACGGACUGUGCCACCUGUGCGAUGCCACCUGUCUGCAGUGCACAGGUCCGGAGAGAGAGGACUGCAUCAGCUGCCCUCCAACACGGUUUUUUGAUGAUGGACGCUGCCCCAUUCGCUGCCAGACAGGGCGCUACGCAUUGGGGAGGCAGUGCUAUCUCUGUCACCACACCUGCCAGGAGUGUACUGAUGAGGGACCAGACAACUGCACCAGCUGUGACAGAGACAAGUUUGAAGUGGCCAGGUACCUCUUUCAGGGUCAGUGUCGGGAUGUCUGUCCAGAGGGGUUCUUCCAUUCUGCAAGAAACCGGUGUGAGCCCUGUCCCGAGGAGUGCCUCAUCUGCAUGGCUGCAGAUCACUGCCUCCACUGCAGCCCAGGACACAAGCUCAGAAAUGGCCACUGCGUCCCGUUGGUGUGCAGUGCAGGUGAGGUUGCAGAUGCAGAGAAUGAGGAUUGUCUCCACUGUGACGAGGGCUGCAGGCAGUGUAAACGCAGGGGUUCAGGAGAGCAGGACCAGGAAACUGUUUGCCUCAAAUGUGAAGAUGGUUACUACCAAUUGGGCACAGACUGCCAUCAGUCCUGUCCAGAUCGGACAUACAGUUCAAAUAACACCAUGGUGUGUGCUCCAUGCGAAGACAAACAAUGUGUGGUCUGCGACCAGUCCCAGUGCUACUGGUGUGACGAGGGAUUUUACGUCUUUGAUGGAGAGUGCGUGGAUCACUGUAGGGAAGGGUUCUUUGUGGAUGAGGAGAGUCAGGACUGCGAACCGUGUCACCGUGCCUGUCGUACCUGUGGAGGGCCACAAUAUGAUGACUGUGACUCUUGCGAGGAUGGAUACACACUGGAUCAUGGGGAGUGUCUGGAGGGGAAACGAAUGGCCACCUGCCCUGAGAACCACUUCAGAAAUGAUAAGGAUGAAUGUGAGCUGUGCCACUCCACGUGUAAGACUUGCUCUGCUGCAGGGAAAGAGAACUGCAGAAGCUGCCACUCAGGUCGUUUUUUGACUGCUCAACAGAAGUGUACAUCUCGUUGUCCACUUGGUACAUUUGCCAACAAGACAUCUGGCAGGUGUGAGGGCUGCUCAGAAGGAUGUGUCAUGUGCCAGGACACCAAUCAAUGCCACCGCUGUCGCAGUGGGCUUUACCUGCAAAAUGGAGUGUGUGUGAUAGAGUGUCAGAGAGGGUUUCCUCAAAGUGGUAAAUGCCAACCAUGUGCCCCAGAGUGUACAUCCUGCCAGGGAAAUUCUUCUCACUGUCUAAGCUGUGAGACGCAGUAUUUGCUGUUGGACCGCUCCUGCAUGUCCCACUGUCCAGAGGGCUAUUUUACUGCAGGCACAGAAUGCCGCCGCUGUCCAGGCCACUGUGUCGAGUGCAAUGAGGACAGUCUCUGUAAGAAGUGUGCUGAUUUUUACUUCCUCCAUGAGGAUAAGUGUGUGGAUGAUUGUCCUGUUGGCUACUUUGCCGAUGAGAAGCAACAGGAAUGUAUGCGUUGCCAUGCUGACUGUGCCUCGUGCGAUGGGCCUGGCAUUGAUGACUGCGAUGUGUGUCGCAACCCAAAAGCUGUCCGUUACAAUGGGGAGUGUUUGGCUAAGUGUCCCAACACAACUUAUUAUGAUAAGACUACCAAUGAAUGCAGAGAUUGUGACAGGUCAUGUUUGACCUGCUCAGGCCAUGAGCCCUCAUCCUGCCUCAGCUGUGACACCAACAGGCGUAAAGAUGCCAGCGGGCACUGUGUGUGGUUCAGCCAGUGCUCUCUGAGCACAUACAUGGACCAGAAUGGGGAGUGCCAACAGUGCCACAAACUCUGUCAUCGCUGCUCUGGGCCAGGCAAAGACCACUGCCUCAACUGCAACGAACCAUACUUCCUACUGAACAGCACAUGCGUAAAGGAGUGUCCUGUGGGUUAUUAUGCCGAGGAUAAAGAUGAACGUGUGUGUGAGCGCUGUCACUUCAGCUGUAAGUCAUGCGUUGGCCGUCACAGUGUGCAGUGUGACACCUGCAAACCUGGAUUCUUCAAGCAGGGAAGCAGCUGUGUCGAAACCUGCUCAGAAAGUCACUUUGGCAAUACAACCACCAGGGUUUGUGAUCGCUGUGACCCCUCUUGCAGCAAGUGUUGGGGUCGUGGAAACAGAAACUGUCUGAGUUGUCGGGGGGGCUACGUCUACCUAAGGCAGCGGGGACAAUGCCUGCGGAGCUGCCCUCAAGGCUACUACCAAAACAGCCGGUCCAAGAACUGUCGCAGGUGUCACCCAACCUGCAAGACCUGUAACGAUGAGGGUGCUCUGGCCUGUGAGUCCUGUUAUGACGGCUACACUUUUAUGAACGGCAUCUGUGAAUCUCAGUGUCUUGUAGGCUUCUAUGCUGCUUCACAGUCUGCUGUACAACUAAUUCUACCGCUGCUCCAGGGCUCCAACAGUGAUGUGCCAAACUGCAAGGCGUGUGACCCGUCCUGCCUGGACUGCCGAGGUCCAAGCAAAUGGAACUGCACUGUGUGCCCUGCGCUCCAGAUCUUAUCUGAUGAUGGCCGUUGCAUGAGUUGCUGUGGAGAUGAGACACGCCAUGACGAUAAACCAAUACCCUGGAUGUGCUGUGACUGCGAGGCAUCACAAGACGAGUGCAUCAUGGAUGUAAACUUUAGGAUUGGGGGGGCUGAGGAUUUAGAGUCUGAACACAACCACACCGCCAGACUCUUUGCCACUGCCUGUGUUCUGCUUGUCGUCAUUGUGGGCGCAGGGGUCUUCCUCUUCCUCAGUGCCCGAUCUAAAUACUAUGCCAUUGCACCCAAAACCAAAACUGGAGGCUAUAAGAAGUUGGACACCAAUGGAGGUGUCACCCCACAACCCACCACCUCCUCAUUUGGGGAGUACAGCGACCGAAUCAUUGAAUGUGAGGAUGACGAGGACGAAGAGGACGAUGAUAUUGUAUACAUGGGACAAGAUGGGACGGUGUAUAAGAAGUUCAAGUACGGACUCUUGGAUGAAGAUGAGAUUGAGCUAGAGUACGAUGAUGAGAGCUACUCAUUUAGAUGACUUUCUCUGGACAGAAAAAUCUCUUCCUUUCGUAUCAUCGCAGCCUGAGUACAUUGUAAAAAUUGUUUCUUGUUUUGAAAGUGCUUGAAAGAGAUGGGGGGAAUGAGCAGUCUUUUAACUAACAUUUUGUGAAUUAGAGUCUGAAACCUGAUCAUCAUGGUUUGAUCAGCAUUUUCCUGUUAAACUGACCUCUAGACUUAUUUACACAGGCCCCAAAUGUAAUAUAUGGCCAUUUUUGUGGCAUUAAUUAGAUUGUUUCAUGUUUGUCUAAAAAAACAACAGAGGGUUGGAGGCUCAGAACACAGGCUGUGGAUAACAUUUGGUCAUUAAGUCAUUGCCGACGUCAAUCUUUUCUUUUACCUCAACAUCAAUAAUUCUGGUUUGCUGUUGGAUUACACAAAAUAUUAUUUUGACUGAGCUUGUGUUGACAUACUGCAAGAAGAGUUUGAUUUUUUUUUGAGUGACAAACCUCAGGGGAAGUUGACAAUAAUAUUAUUUUUUUAUGCAUUUCCUUACAUUUUCAACAACAAAUAAUUUCAUUUGAAGAAAAUAUUGUAUGUUUACAACAUAAAAUGAUAUAGUACUUAUUAUCUGCUGAUAUUGCUCAAAAACAAUCUUAGACAUUGAUACAAUCAUAUUAGUUAAAAUUUUCAUAUCAUCAGAACUUUUUAAACAUCUCACAAACACUGAUAGUUUGUUAUUGAUUGACAACCUGAUUCACUCCACUUAUGUAAUACACUUCCUCUGUAUCUGCAUCAUCUGGUUUAAAGUGUUUACAGAUUUAAUCACAUUAUAAUAUAAGUGUUCUGUACUGAUGCAUUGUGCUUUAUCUUUGUUUAACUGGACUGAGACCCCUCAAAGCAAAAUUUACACAGACGCACAAUCUAAUACGUAACCCUUUGUGGUGCAGUGUCUGUGCCUGUGUCCAGACCUCUACUUACAACACGACAGAGGGUUACAGGAGAAUACUUUUCCCAUACUUUUUCUUCAAAAUAUUUUCUUCUAGCCUUGCUUUAAUGUUUUGACUUCACUGUUGCACACCUGGCUUGUAUCCUCUCUCUGAGAUAAUAGCAGGUCUGACUCCCACUCGCUGGUAAGUGUGAGGAUCAAAUAAUUACUAUUUUUCUGUGUUCCUGGUUGAAGUGAAACGUGCUGUGAAUGAUUGUUUCAUAAUAAAGUUGGAUUUUGAUCUGUGUUUUCCAAGUGUGCAGUCUUGCGUUAUGAAUCAACCUGCAGACGUGCUGUUGUAUUACACGCGAGUGACCGCUGUUAGCUGCUGCCAGUGACUACUGAACUUUGUAGAAUGCUGAAAUUGGAUCUGGUAUCUGAUUGGUUUAUGUACGAAAGCUAAAUCAGUGUCACAAGCAGGCAUACAUUUCCAUUGUGUUUUCUGCGCUUCAUAAAAAUGCAACAACAUACCGGCCUAUUUAAAAUACAGUAUUCUCACACAAACUGAAAAUGAAGAUCCUGUAACCUUUACACUGAACCCCCAACAGAACAGGCUGAGUCCAGCGUCUUAUCUCAAACCAGACUGAACAAAUAGACACAACACUGACACAGGGACAUCUGCCACCGUACAACCUUCGCACAUGUGGGCUUGACAUCAGCUUGAUGCUGGCUGUCCAUACAACGAUCUGCCACAACAUUAAAUCUUGAUGUACCACCCACCUAAACAUCGUUGCAGACCAAGCACACCCCGCCCAUGCCCUACCCCACGGCAGGGGGCCUCCCCCAGCAGGAAAAUGAUGUUCCCACCACACCACAAAGAAUGCUCAGAGAUGGUUCAAGGAACACGACAAAGAGCUCAAGCCUCCAACCUCCCCAGAUCCAAAUCCAAACAAAUAUCUGUGCGAUGUGCUCAAACAAGCCAAAUCCACAGAGGUCCCUCCACCUUACAAAAGAACUUCAAAUUGUAUUCUGAAGAAAUUAUUUAUUGAUUAAAUUAUAUAAAACACAUGAAUGAAAACAUAAAGGAGGUGCUGAACAUUUAACUCCACAUGCAGUAACCCUGGUCCCUGUGUAAACUAAAAUAAAUACUUCUAACUGCCUGUACAACGCUGUACUAAUGCAGUGAGGUCAAACUUCACCCCUUAAAAUCUUUGAUAGGUUUGAAGAAGCAGUGCAUUACAACUUGUAAUUACACUGAGAUCUCUUCUGUGGACUAAGUGCUUUAGAGGAUGAACACAAUGGAUUAUAUAGCAUACAACAUGAAAGGACAGCUCUGUAUAGCAGUGAAUUUGCUCUGAGCUGACAAUUUUCAAGCUCAAGCAAAGAAACUAAGCUCAUUAAAAUGAAACAUAGAGACAUUUCCAGACUGUGAAAGGAUCAGAGCCACUGUUGCAUGAUAAAUGUCAACAUUGAUAAAAUGUAGUCAUGUCUUUUACUGCCUAAAUAAUACUUUAAUAAACUAAAAUACAAUACAGACUUAAAAAUCCAAAAUCACAGAGCUAGACUCUUACAUGUCAUUCAUUUAAAACAAUUAUUUACAGGGGUUCAAAUAAUUGUACACACUUUGUAGUUAAAUGUUUGACCGAAUCAUGUCAUUUUUUUUGUAAAACCUUAACAGGCACAGGCACGCGCACACACACACACACACACACA